AUGGACUUAUUAUCUGCAAUGUCUUCGCGAUCCAUAUUGCAGCAGUCAGUGUAUAUCCAGCAAUUGAUGGACAAGAUAAAGAAUUGGAAGCCCGAAGGCCAUUUCGAUGCGAAUCCACUGCCCGUCCCGACAGACAAACGUCAGGUCAAAUCAUUUAUUAAACUACGUCAAGCGGACCUCAAUGCUGUGCUAUCGGAAAUUCACGAACUGAACGAUUUUUUUGUAUCUUCUGACACUCAUGCCCACAUUCAUGUGUUGGAAGUACAUUUGAAACAUCCAGCAAUGCAUAUUGGAACUGUUGGCAGCUGUACACUCUUCCUUUCACUUUCUUCUUCAGUAAUUGUGAACCAUUAUUCCAGCCGAAGUCAAACGAUGCAAGAUAUAAUAGCUGGUGAACUAUCGUAUCUUUUUGAUCAAUACAAUAUCAACUUGAAGCUCAGUCGCUGGCCGAAACUGAUCGAACUCACAGAUCGCCAACUGGCACGAGUUCGAAAGCAUUCUGGCAGUAUUACAUGUGAGAAGUUUGAAGAAAUGAGUCAAACAAUGAAGACAAUUUGGAACAUGUAUCUACGAUCCCAGUAUCGUACCGCAGCCUACGUUGCUGUGCAGGUUUUACAGCAGGUGGACACAUGGACGGAUAGCAAGCCGAAUGCGAUGAAAUGGCGCUUUGAAGCUGACUUGUGCCACCUCAUCGGACUGUGCCUGGAUGGACUGGGGAAAUACAGGGCCGCUCUGGCGUUCUUUCAAAUGGAUGCACGUCUUGCAGAAUAUGCCGACAUUUCCUCGGCCCAAAAGCGUGCUCUGGAUAAUAUCGGCCGUAUGUACGCGCAACUUGGUUUCUACAGAGAAGCUCUUGUCUGCUGGUCUGAGAGACUGAAAACCGACGUGGAUGGAGUAGAACUGGCCUGGUUGUUGUACCAGAUCUCGUUGGCCUACACAAUGUUGGACAAUUUGGACGAAGCUUUACGACACUGUCGAACUUGUGUCCGGGUGGCCGAAUCAAUUGACUCCUUGAACUGGGCACUAAGUGGACACUUACUUCUCGCAACAAUCCUGGCUCUCAGUGCAUGUCGCGAAGACGGUAAUACGCGACAACUUCGAGCAAGUUUAAUGUCCUUGGAGGAAGCCUACAAAUUUGCGCUCCGCACCAAUCGCGUUGGCGUCAUCAACCCUGUGGUACAGAUCAUUCGGACGGUCUACCAAAUGAUUCCGAAUAAUAGUGAUAACGAUCUCUUGGAAUCGUGUUGGUCCUCAAGUUUGCUGAACCUGCUUCAGCAAGAUACAACAAAUCGGACGCAAUUCAAUAUGAAGGCUUUAAGAGAUAUGCUGCUACAAGGCGCUCAAUCCAACUUUGACUGGGGGGAUCGGACCAAGGCCUCAAAUUUGUACAUGGGCUGGGAUACUGUCAGGGCGCUCACACCUAGACAGGAGGACGAUUGGGGUCCUCAACCAAAGCUCAAAAGGCUCGAAAGCCAAACUGAAGGGCAGCGGAGUUUCGCGGGAAAUGCAAAUGCAUUACCUUUUCUACGGAACAAGUCGCCACAUGUUCCAACCCCCAACCUGGAAGACCAGGAGACUGUGUUUGUCAGACCUUUACCCAUGGACCAAAUUAGUAUGAGAGACUCUGUGAGUACCGCGGGGACACCCCCCUCCCAUGUAGCUCAACGAGUCCCCGAGGCACGCAAGCCGCCACACCCCAGUAAGGUCCAGUCUCUGCGCAAAAGGAUCUUGUUUAUUUCAACAGUUGUGGCGGUGGUGUCAAACGAUGUGGAAAACCAUAAACUGAAAUGCUGGUUGAAACACUGCCGCAUGAAGUUACCUUUGCAUCCAUACCACUUCAAGCAGCUUUUGGUCCGAUUAACAUGGGCCCACAGAAUUGUUAUUCUCAUCGUGAUGGUAUUUUUUGGGAUUUACUGGAAUCUACUAAGGCUCACAGAUGAGGCUCCUUUAGAAGACAAAACAACCCAGGAUGAGAAAAUUUCAUUGUUAGAAUGGCCCACAUGUGACAAGAUCAUAGCUGGAGAGGUCACUAAUGAGCUUCUCUCCUCGCUUAGCUUUGGUUAUUCACCAGCAAAACCGAAGUACACCUCAUGCGAUAAACUGACACGAUUCAACGGACGGCAUCCUUGGGUCUCCGUCGAGGAGCAAGACUUUCCACUCGCCUAUAUAAUCACGACGUACGAAAGUUAUCAAAGACUUGCCAGAUUGUUACGUUUAAUCUUCCGACGUCAUAAUAUCUAUUGUGUUCACAUCGACGCCACAGCACCGGAAAGUUUUGCUUCGAGGGUUCACCAACUUGUAAACUGUUACGGUUCAAAUGUACUGCUUGUUCCCUCAAGUGAACGCGUCAACGUGAUUUGGGGUGAGUUUUCUGUGCUCGAAGCGAAUUUGGUGUGUGCAGAAAUGCUGAUUGGGAUGGAAUCUCUUUCAGAUCCGUACUUCAUGCUUAAAUACCACUAUUCAGUGCGAAAUUCACACGAGAUUAUAAAGCGUCCUGAACCUCUCAUCCAUUGGCUGCGUGUGUGCAGUAAGGAGGGUGGAUUCUCUACCCUUGUUGUGGCGGUGGUGUCAAACGAUGUGGAAAACCAUAAACUGAAAUGCUGGUUGAAACACUGCCGCAUGAAGUUACCUUUGCAUCCAUACCACUUCAAGCAGCUUUUGGUCCGAUUAACAUGGGCCCACAGAAUUGUUAUUCUCAUCGUGAUGGUAUUUUUUGGGAUUUACUGGAAUCUACUAAGGCUCACAGAUGAGGCUCCUUUAGAAGACAAAACAACCCAGGAUGAGAAAAUUUCAUUGUUAGAAUGGCCCACAUGUGACAAGAUCAUAGCUGGAGAGGUCACUAAUGAGCUUCUCUCCUCGCUUAGCUUUGGUUAUUCACCAGCAAAACCGAAGUACACCUCAUGCGAUAAACUGACACGAUUCAACGGACGGCAUCCUUGGGUCUCCGUCGAGGAGCAAGACUUUCCACUCGCCUAUAUAAUCACGACGUACGAAAGUUAUCAAAGACUUGCCAGAUUGUUACGUUUAAUCUACCGACGUCAUAAUAUCUACUGUGUUCACAUCGAUGCCACAGCACCGGAAAGUUUUGCUUCGAGGGUUCACCAACUUGUAAACUGUUACGGUUCAAAUGUACUGCUUGUUCCCUCAAGUGAACGCGUCAACGUGAUUUGGGGUGAGUUUUCUGUGCUCGAAGCGAAUUUGGUGUGUGCAGAAAUGCUGAUUCGCAGUAAGAAGAUUCAGUGGCAAUAUGUGCUCAAUGUGAAUGAGAAAGAACUGCCUCUUCGCACGAAUUGGGAAAUGGUCAAAGCAAUGAAAGCACUCAAUGGAUCCAACUUGGUGCAGUAUCAGGCAGGGAAUUGGACUAAGAGAAUUCCCAAGACAAAGUUGCCGUUUAACGUUACCUGGUACAAGGGCAGUUUCUUGGUAGCUCUACGACGAGACUUUGUCGUUUUCAUGCUUCGCAAUCCAAAGGCAUUGGCGAUUUUGGAUGCACUACAAUCUGGUCGUGGUCACAUUACCAUCCCGGAUGAAAUGUUUUUCUCCACUCUGGCUUACAACCCACAUCUUGGCGCGCCUGGUGCAUGUCUAUACCGAGCACGCGGAGACUCCACGGAUCCCAGAACCAUGUUUCUUAUCCGCUACGUCAGCUGGAAAGACACAACGUGCCAUACAAAGCGUUGGCGAAAUGAAGUUUGCCUACUCGGCCUGAAACAUUUACCAAUGAUGAUAAAGGCGCCACAACUGUUUGCCAACAAAUUUACACCGACUGUUCAGCCUGAAGCCUACGACUGUAUGGAGUAUUGGUUGAUUCGGAAAUUAAUCAGGGAACAGGACACACAUUCACUGGACAGAGACUUUAAUGAUACAGUGUUUGCUCAACUGUACUGUUCCACGUCUCAUAUAUGAGGCGGUCUCAUUUUACGGUCAAGAACAAUCCCUCGGUUGGCACAUUUUCUAAAGAUCUCCACCCGGUUCCGUCUACAAUACAGCAAGAAGCGUCCGUGCCAAU